CUUUCUAGCUUUAAUGUUCUCUUCUUUUGCUUUUUUCCCUCUCCAAACUGACUCUUUACUGUUUCUUGCUGCCCAAGUGGUGCUCUGGCUGUAAAAAACUUCCCAUUAGGCCACUACAUUUCAUUAUCUUUUGAGUGAGGAAAACUUUCAAGAGAAGAAUAGAUUAGUUUAUCACUGUGGUGCUUGUCUCUUGAUUCUGCUGCUCAAGCUUUUAUUGUUUUCUUUGACAGUUUCUUUUUAUCUUCCAGUGCUUUGCACUGCUCUUUACUUUCAGUAGAAAUACAUUUGAGCAAGAUUUAGUCUAGCUAGUUUUGUGUAGUUUUUUGGGAAUUGAGACAUCUGGGUUUAAAUGACAUUUUUUACUCUAACGUUAAUAUUUUUUUUUGUCACUGGCUGUUGAGAAACUCGGUUUUUGUAUGGAGAUUUGAGUCUUGUACUAUCUAAAGAUUAUAAAAAUUUGUUAAAGAAGUUUCCUUUAAGAGAGAACAGAAGAAAAAGAGAAAAAAACAACAUGGCCGGACGUGGAGGAGGAGGACACGCGCCGCUGCCAAAACCAGAGGAGCUGCAGCCACAUCCCGCUAAGGAUCAGCUGCCAAAUAUUGCGUAUUGCAUUACUAGUCCUCCGCCAUGGCCCGAGGCUAUCUUACUUGGUUUUCAACAUUACCUGGUGAUGCUAGGCACAACUGUGCUCAUACCCACCUCUCUGGUUCCUCAGAUGGGAGGAGGAAAUGAGGAGAAGGCGAAAAUGAUCCAAACACUGCUAUUUGUUGCUGGAUUAAACACAUUGUUUCAGACAUUUUUUGGUACUCGUUUACCGGCGGUGAUUGGAGCCUCUUAUACGUACGUGCCAACAACCAUUUCAAUCAUCUUGGCAGGUCGAUAUAGUGACAUUGUGAAUCCUCAGGAGAAAUUUGAGAAGAUAAUGAGAGGAAUUCAGGGUGCCCUUAUUGUUGCCUCAACUCUCCAGAUUGUUAUAGGUUUUAGUGGCCUUUGGCGUAAUGUUGCAAGGUUCUUAAGUCCUCUGGCUGCUGUUCCUUUGGUUGCUUUGUCUGGCUUUGGGCUCUAUGAAUUUGGAUUUCCUGCGGUUGCAAAAUGUGUGGAGAUUGGUUUGCCACAGAUCAUCUUUCUUGUAAUUUUUUCACAGUAUAUACCUCAUAUGAUACAUGGAAAAGGCCAUGUGUUUGAUCGCUUUGCUGUUAUAUUUUCUGUUUCUAUUGUGUGGGUUUAUGCUCACCUGCUGACUGUGGGAGGUGCAUAUAAGAACACUGGUCCUAAAACACAACAAAGUUGCAGAACUGAUCGUGCUGGAAUUAUAGGUGCUGCUCCAUGGAUAAGAAUUCCAUAUCCUUUUCAAUGGGGAGCUCCCACUUUUGAUGCUGGAGAGUCUUUUGCAAUGAUGGCUACUUCAUUUGUUGCUCUUGUUGAGUCCACUGGUGCUUUCUAUGCUGUAUCGAGGUAUGCAAGUGCUACUCCACUGCCACCUUCUAUUCUUAGCCGUGGUGUUGGUUGGCAGGGAGUUGGCAUUCUCUUCUCUGGGAUAUUUGGAACUGGGAAUGGAGCAUCAGUAUCUGUUGAGAAUGCUGGUUUGUUGGCAUUGACCUGUGUUGGUAGUCGGAGGGUUGUUCAGAUAUCUGCAGGAUUUAUGAUCUUCUUCUCCAUUCUUGGAAAAUUUGGAGCUGUUUUUGCUUCAAUUCCUGCUCCAAUUGUUGCAGGUCUAUAUUGCCUGUUCUUCUUCUAUGUGGGUUCAGCGGGUCUCAGUUUCCUCCAGUUCUGCAAUUUGAACAGCUUCAGGACAAAGUUUAUAUUAGGUUUCUCGUUUUUCAUGGGCUUAUCGAUACCACAGUACUUCAAUGAGUACACUGCAGUUAAUGGUUAUGGUCCAGUCCAUACCGGAGCAAGAUGGUUCAAUGACAUGAUCAAUGUGCCUUUUUCAUCUGAACCAUUUGUUGCUGGCUUUUUGGCAAUGUUCCUUGACGUCACACUGCAUGGGAAAGACAAUGCGACUAGAAAGGAUCGUGGGAUGCAUUGGUGGGAUAGGUUCCGGUCAUUCAAGACAGAUACAAGAAGUGAGGAAUUCUAUUCUCUGCCGUUCAAUCUCAAUAAGUUCUUCCCAUCGGUGUGAUUUUGGAUGUGCGCAUCAUGUUUUCCCAAUGAGUUCCAGUAUCUCUUUGUGGACAUUACAGUAAAAGAUGGCUGUUCUUUUGGUACCGUUGUCAGCCUCAAAACAGCUUAGCUUUUUAUUCAAUCCUUAACGUGUAGCUAAGAUUAUUAAAGCAGUGCCAGUAAUGAAGGCAGUUUACUUA